CUGCAAUCGAUGUGGACUCGAGCUCUCUAAUCUCGAGCCCUGCUGUGUAACCCACGGAUUAGAAGAGACUGCGAGGGCCUUGGCUGAUCACACACAGCGCAGCGCAUCUCUCACCGCGCACCGGCCAUCUCUAAGCGAGUACACUACCACUGGCAAAAAUCGCAGCGACAAAUGAAGCCGGCGCCGCGCACGAUCCUCCACCCCGACCUCUACCCCGGCACGACGCAAAAAGACGCCAAGGCCGAGGCCCUGCGGAAGCGCGCGAACGAGGCCUACGCCAACGGCGACUUCGAGGAGGCCCUCACCCACUACUCGGCGAGCGCCCUGCACGAUCCGACGGAGGCGACGACCUGGUCGAACCGCUCCGCGACUCUCUUACAACUAGACCGCGCCGAGGACGCCUUCGACGACGCCGAGCGGUGCCUGUGGUUGGAUCCGGCGUUCGGCAAGGGCUACCUCAGAAGAGGCGCGGCGGAGUGGCGACUUGGGAGAAGGGCCGACGCGCGCGCGUCCUACGAGGCGGGCCUCAAACAGGAUCCUGGGAAUGUGCGGUUGAUGGAGGAGCUCGCGCGCUGCGAAGCGAGAGCGGACACGGAGCCCGCCCAGGCCGCGCGCGCGGCCGUGUUUAGGACGAUGCUCGUGUCUCCCUCCUUAGAUGUGGAAGGUCUUUUCGAAUUGCUCCAGGCGCCUGAAAGAUUAACGGCGGCGGCCGUAUCUGAACGGGCGCAGUCGCUCGACGCUUUGUUGGAGUACCUCUGCCGCACGCUGGAGUGCGAUCUGGUUGUAUUAAGGGACUGCGCGCCGCUGCGCGAGGCCUACGACCGCGCGACGUUCGCCUGCGGCCAGUUGUUGGGAGCGGAGCCGGGCGCCGCGUCGCGACUCAAUUGCGCGCCGCGCGUGGUGGACGCGCUGCGCCACGCGCUGCGCUGCGGCUGGCGCAUGGAGCAAAGAUGUAGGAGCCACGGCGUCGCCAAGUUCGCCGCGAACGCCCUGGCCGUGCUCGCCGCGGCGCCGGACGCGCUCGAUAGCAUAAGAAGGCGCGCGGCGCGCCAUUUACUAGGAGCGACGACGCAGUGGCUGCUGGACGCGACGCCGGAGCCCUCUCCCCUGUCAGAAGAGGGGGACGACAACGACAGUGAUGGCGAGCCAACGAAUGGAGACACGCAGUCGACGUCGUCCGAGAACCGCAACCCCUUGCGGGACGAGGCCGCACGGCGCAAGGAGCGCCAGCGCGUCGUGUGUGGUUGUGCUGCUUUAUCACCUAGACUCUCGGCGGCGUCGUGGCUUGAAAGACUAUUCGAGCGGGGCGCGCAGCCCUGGGUGCGCGACGAGUGCGAGCACUUCCGCGACGCGGAGCUGUUGGCGCUGCACCUCUGUGUGGUCGUCCGGGACGAGCGGGCCCCGCCCUUGGGCCUGCCGGGCGUCAUCAAGGCUUGUGGGGACCGGCUCAUGUCUUCUACAUUGGAAGCGGACGCGUUCGUCCGGCCGGGCUGGCGCUGGGACGCCGCUAUUAGAGUGGCGCGGCGCGGCGGCAUUGAAGAAGAACCAGAGGAGUCAGAGCAGCGGGGCGACGAGGAGUCGGAUGAAAAAUUAGCAAGGAGGUUACAACGACGUUUUGACGACGAGGCCGUUCAAAGAGCAAGGAGCGACGCCAACGGCCCGCCCGCGGCGCGGCUGGGCGAGUGGCUCGCCGCUUCAUUGGGUUAUUUGUUGCUGUUUGUCGACGGCGACGACUUGUUUUGUGCUCAUGCUUGUGGUGCACUAUCCAAGCUCGCGUCGAUAGACGCAUCGAGGGUCUCGGCGGGCGUCUGGUGCGGCGUGCCGCUCCUCGAAAAGCUGGCGGCGGCGGCCUGCAAGGAGACUAGGGCUGUCGGUGUGCUCGAAGCAUUGACAAGUCAUGCGCCGGCGCGCGCGGCGAUGCUUUCAUUGGCGGCGGCGCUGGCAGGCGACGUCGAGGAGGAAGACGUUCCCGAUGUUGAUGCGCCGCCGCCGCCGCCAUCAGAGACGGUCCCAGAUGACCCUAUUGAAGAGGUAGUACUGGCCGCCGAGGUCAUAAACCAGGAGCCCGAGCACGACGAGGCGGAAGGUAGGGCCCCGACCCCUUCCUGGGCCGACUACUUCCACGAGCUAAGAGGUACCUUGGGCAUCGGCGGGCCGACGAAGGCGACGCUGGAAGACAUGGUCCUGCUGGCGAACUUCGAUCAAAGUGCGGCCGAGCUGCCCGUGAGCGGGGAACUGACGGCGACUUUCUCUGAUGGUUCUUCCCUAAAGCUUGCGGCCGUUCCUGCGUCGUGGAACGAGCGUUUCGCGGAUGCUGUUGCUACUCAAACAAUCAGUUCUGAUCAAUCAGCGCCCAUCGGCUCUGAGGAUUGGCAGGUCCAAGAUGGCUCCGCCGUCAUCGUCGACCGGUCGCACAUCCGCAAGUCGCCGAAGGCGCCGGACUGGGCCACGGCCGUGCGACUCAGUGAGGAGGCCGGUGCUUCAGUUGUAGUCGUCAUCAACGAUUUGUUUGACGAUGGGCUAGCGAGGCCCGCGUUCCGGAUGGGCGUGUUUGGCGCGUCUCCGCCGCCCAUCGGUGGGUUCAUGGUUUGUGGUGCGGAUGGGGAACUGCUCAAGAAGCAGUGUCAGGAGAAGACUCUGACGAAAUUCGAAGUCUCCACCAUAAGGAACACGAAUCGGUCAGAAAACGCUUCUCCACUCCGUGCCGCUCCGCUCUGGCCCUUGCGGGGCGUGCCGAAAGACGCCUCGCAAGCCUGGGCUUUGGCAGAGGUUGUGUAUCGAUCAAAGCCUUCCCCAACAUUGAAUGAUGACCUGAAAGCUUUGACACAACGUAUGACUGCCGCGGAGAAACGAGUCUGGCUCGCUAGGCGACUCCAACGGUGCCACCGACCGUUACAUGACGACGACGAGCGAGCUCUGGCGUUUGUCGAAUGUGAUCGACACGCUCCUCAGUUGGAGCAGCUGCGCACACAAAAGAAGGACGUCACGGGCCUUUUCGCCGAAGACGUGACGGGGGACUUUGAGGUCCGAUUUAAAGGUGAAAGUGCGGUCGGUUCAGCUGUCGCAAGGGAGUGGAUGGAUCUGCUGGCUCGUAGGGCGUUUAUUAGGGGAGGAGGGUCGUUACUAAGGACUUGUGAUGGGGGUCGGAGUUUUAUUCCCAAUGCGGCUUCAAUGUAUGGUAAUCCGCACUGGGAGGGCGACUUCGAAGCUCUCGGUAGGUUGUUCGGCCUGGCGGUCUGGCAGCAAGUUACUUUAGAUUUGCCUCUACAUUCGUAUGUGUGUGCCUGGUUAUUAAAUGAUGGCGAGCCGCCUUCAGAGGGCGACUUAGAAUCAUUAGAUCCGCAGCUCGCUGCCUCGAUGGCGUGGAUCGAAAAUAACGAUGUCGAGGGGCUGGAGCUGGACUUCACGGACGGGUUGGAUCAUACGGAGCACGACGCCGGCGACGACGAUGGUGAGGAGGACGUAUCACCGAUGGAGGGGGCGCCGCGGACGUUCGCCUUGGCUGAUGUGUUAGGUGCAUCAGAUGAAGCGCGGGCGGUAGCUCCAGGGAGCCGCGUCGAGCUUGUGGAGGGCGGUGAAGAUAAGGCCGUCACGUCCGAUACUCGGAAUGAGUUCGUGAAGACAAUGCGAGACUAUCGGUUGCGGGGGUCGCUGCGCGAGCCCAUCCAAGCCAUGGCGCGGGGCCUGAGGACCGUCAUGCCGUCGGAGGUUUUGAGGGAUGCGCGGCGCAUGCUCUCUCCCUUAGAUUUUUGUCGAUUACUGUCGGGGUUAAGGGGCGUGGACGUGGCCGACUGGAGAAGACACACGCGCUACGCGGGUGGUUUACAACCGGACGCGAAGGAAGUGAAGCUCUUCUGGAAUGUGGUCGAAGGUUGGUCGAAAACGCACCCGAAGAGAUUGCACGGCCUGCUCCAGUUCGCGACGGGGUCUCGAAGGGUGCCCGUCGGCGGCUUCGCGCACUUGGUAGGAUUGAACGGCGGGCGCCACCCGUUCACGCUCCACGCGGGCCGGCAUCUACCGCCCGGCGCGCUGCCGACGGCGCACGCGUGUGUGUGUACCAUCGACGUGCCGGCCUUUGUCGACUUCGAGGCCGCAUCGCAAAAGCUCGUCCAGUGCGUCGACCUCGGCACGCGCCGCUUCGACGAGCACGAGACGCACGAGUCGUCCGACGACGAGGAACCCAGGACCGAGUCCGACGAGGACUCCUCGGUGGAGGAGCUAGACCUUUCAUAAGAUACAUGUGUU